AUGCAACCAAUGCAACAUUUAAAACCCGAUUUUCUAUUAGCACAAUCUCCACGUCCAACAAAUGGAAAAGAAAAUAAUGAACCAUCAACACCUUUAUCAGUCAAACGAAAACAAGUGUUCAUUAAUGAAAAGAACACGAGUAUUCUUCAAUUAUGGGAUCAAAAAUUGCGUUUAUCCAAUGAUCGAAUGGAAGCUUAUGCGCUUAGCGAAAUGGCCAAUAUUGAACGACUGCGGACUGUCGAACAACAAAUCACAUCUACAGUUGAUGAGAUAACAAAUGAAUUCAAACAGCGUAUCCAAUCAGUUCUAUCAAAUAAUCAAUUAUUAUUAACACAAGUUCCGCAUACAUUAGCACCAUCAACUCUUUUUAAAGAUGGACAACACAUGUCGAGUGAAGCAUUUUUCGAUGAGAUGAACAAACGUUAUUUUACCAAUGAUAAAUCAUUUGAAAAAUACGCUGAAACUAUGGAAUUAUUUCGAUCAACAUUUUUAACUCUGAAAAAAAAUAACGACCAACUACGAGCACAAAUGAAAAAUGUCAACAUCAAUCAAACAUUACUCGAAAUGCAAGAACGUUUAGAAGAUGCCUUAUUAGAGCGUGAUAGUUAUGUAUCAUUGUAUACAAUGGCUAAAAUACGUGCUGAGAAAGCCGAAGAGAAAAACAAUAAAAGUAAUGAGCAACAGCAAUCGAUUGUCGAAUUACUUGUUGAAAAAUUUGGCUUUGCUGAUCGUGUACUUGACUCAAAUACUGUAUUAGCACGUGACCUAUUUAAGCCAGAUACAAAUAUUGAAAUAUUUAUUAAUUUUAAUGUACAAUUGAGUACUGGUGAGCAAGGUUAUAUUGAAACAGCUAAAGGUUGUCCGCCAGGAAAAUUUAAAAUUUGUAUCCCAAAUGGUAUUUUGCCGGAAACAAAAGAACUAAUAUCGAAAAAUGACGAUGAAUCCAUAGAACCAGUGCGAGUUAUUCUUAAAUUUCGAAAAUAUCUUUUUCAAUCAGAUGCAAAUUUGGAUCAAAUCAAUUGA